AUCCAGCGAUCAGUGUUAGUUGGAUAGACCCUCGCUCAAGCAAAAUGUGGAAGCUCGUCUUCUUUUUGGCUUUUAGCUUGGCCAAUCCGGCUCUGGGCCAAUACAACCCUAAUUGCGGUGGCAAGCAAGUGAUUGUCCACUUGUUUGAGUGGAAAUGGACGGAUAUCGCUGCUGAAUGUGAAAGGUUUCUCGGACCAGCAGGUUAUUGUGGAUUCCAGGUUUCGCCGCCUAUGGAACACGUAAUCUUGCCCAACGAUAAUUACCCCUGGUGGCAACGUUAUCAGCCUGUCAGUUACAUACUUCAUUCACGCUCUGGAACACCGGAACAAUUUGCUGACAUGGUUCGUCGAUGCAAUGCUGUCGGAGUCAGGACUUACGUUGAUGCUGUUAUCAAUCAUAUGACUGGGCUUGGUCGCGUCGGUGUCUCCUAUGCUGGAUCUUCCUACAACGGCGAUGCUCGCGAUUUCCCAGGAGUUCCUUACACGGCAGAACAUUUCACGCCUAAAAACCUAUGUCCUUCUUCUGACGGGAACGUUAAUAACUACGCUGUUGAGGAGAAUGUGCGUAACUGCUAUUUGGUGGGUUUGACUGAUCUUUACGGAGCCCUUGAUUAUGUAAGGAAUGCGGUUGCUGGAUACCUUAACAAUUUAGUGGAUCUUGGUGUUGCGGGCAUCCGAAUUGACGCUGCAAAACACAUGUGGCCAGCUGAUAUUGCCAACAUGCUUUCACGCGUUAAAGAUUUGCCAACCACGCAUGGAUUUCCCGCUGGAUCAAGGCUCUUCGUUUACAACGAAGUUAUUGAUCGAAAUGAUGGGGCUGUUACAGUAGACGAAUACUACGAUACUGGAAUGGUGACGGAGUUCCGUUAUUGUAUGAAACUCGCAUGGGGUAUUGCGGAUUACGGGCAGCUUGGCGGAUUGGUUGACUAUGGAUGGGGUAUGGCUCGAGAUGACCGCGCUUUCGUCUUUGUUGAUAAUCAUGACAACCAACGUGGCCAUGGUGGAGCAGGUGAUGUAAUCACGCACAAGACACCACGUGAAUACAAGCAGGCUGUUGCGUACAUGUUGGCACAUCCUUACGGAUUUGCGCAGGUUAUGAGCAGCUACUACUUCACUAACACCGACGAAGGACCACCGCAUAAUGCUGAUUGGAGUACGGCAGAUGUUGUUAUUAACGCUGAUGGAAGUUGUGGAGGAGGAUGGGUUUGUGAACAUCGCUGGAACGUCAUAGCAAAAAUGGUUCGCUUCCGCAACGCUGUUGCUGGCACGGCCAUGGAAAACUAUUGGAACAAUGGUGGAGCGGUAGCAUUUUCUCGUGGCAAUAAAGGCUUCUUUGCCAUGGCUAAAGGAGGUUCCAUGGAUCAAACUCUUUCAACAGGCCUACCUGCUGGAACUUAUUGUAACAUCAUCGACAGCUGCGCAACCAACAUUAAUGUCGGUUCGGACGGCAAAGCAAGGAUCCAGAUAAACAAUUAUGAGGAACCUAUUGUUGCCAUUUGUGUUGGAUGCACCGCCGAUAGUGGCCCUACAAGUGCACCGUGCACGGGGUCGAACUGUGGAGUUACCACUGCGUCUCCACCAGUUGAUGGCACAUGUACGCCGGCGCCGCCAAGUGGAACAAGCCGAACCGUAAUAUUUGUUCAGAAGGCCACAAGUGUCGGGCAGGAUCUCUUUAUUAGAGGAGGAAUCGAUCAUGCCAAACGCCCCGGUUGUGUAGAAAAUGCUGCAACAUCAGCCUGUGCAAUUUCGAUAACGACUAAUUCGUUAGGGACAUCGACUCACUACGACAAGUAUAACGCUUGGAGAGCAGGAGACACAAAAUUGGAUUGGUAUGGUGCUCAGUCAGCCCAGGGUUCGUAUAACGGUCAAGCAUCCUCUGGUUCUCCUUUGGCCUGGACAUCAAAUACCGCAUCCAGUCCUGGAUUCCAAUCCUUGAAUAAAUGGGGUGAUCACUAUUGGAUGCUGGAUGUAAAUAUGGAUUGCUCCCAAACAGAACAAGGAUGGUUUGAGCUCAAGGCUUUCCUGACUAAUUCUGGUUCUGGCUGGGAAAAUGACAUUUCACAGGGUGCUUGCACGGGUACAGCUGGUGGAACGGCCCCGUACACAACUAAAAAUCAUAUGGGACGUUGCGGCUACAUCAACGUUUUUACGUUCAGUGGCAACAAUUGUCAGAUCAAUGCCUUUUAGCCCAAGGAAAAUAGUUACAGUAUUCCGCGAGUUUAAGUAGAACAAAUAAAAUACAAAAAAAAGUUCAAA